GGCUGUUUAUAGCCCAUUUUUUGGGUUCGAAGGCAGGAGAAAGACAAGGGUGCGACUUGUGAAGACUUAGAGACGUCCCGAAGUGGGGAAUCGUCGAGAUGAGUGGGGGCGGGGUGGUGAUCCUGCGGCUCGCCGUGGUGCCGCUUCUCCUGUGGCCUCUGCUGUUGGCGCCGGGGGCCGCCGCUGUGUGGCUGAACCUGCCCGCCUCGGGCACCAAGUGCGUGUCGGAGGAGAUACAACCCAACGUGGUGGUGCUCGCUAACUACGCCGUCGCCUCCGACGGCGACGACAUCGCCCGCCAAACCAUCGCCGCAAAGGUUACAUCUCCAUAUGGGAACACACUUCACAACCAAGAGCAUGUUUCAGCAGGUCAAUUUGCAUUCACAACUACUGAGGCUGGCGGCUACGUGGCAUGUUUCUGGAUAGAUAGUGGCAACAGUGAUGUAGGUUUAAGUGUUAGCCUUGACUGGAAGAUAGGAAUUGCAGCAAAGGACUGGGAUUCGGUUGCCAAAAAGGAUAAGAUUGAGGGCGUAGAGCUGGAGCUGACAAAACUAGAAGCAGAAGUGCAAGCAAUUCAUGUGAACCUGCUUUAUCUCAAGUCCAGGGAAGCACUGAUGAGGGAAGUGAGCGAGAGGACCAAUGCAAGGGUUGCAUUGUUUAGUAUUCUGUCCCUUGGUGUUUGCAUAAUAGUCUCCAUCUUGCAGUCGUGGCACCUGAAGAGUUAUUUUCGGAAGAAGAAACUCAUCUAGGUUAUCUUUGAUGAUGUACUCUGUUGUGCAAUUCUUUUUAAGAAAUUGAAAAUACUUCUAAGGAUGUUCUCUAUUUUGGUUCA